AUGUGGUUCAUUUACGAAACAGCAAUGUCCACCUUGAAAUUAAUCCUCAACAAGGCUUAUUACAAGAACCGAAGCACUAACGACACUCACCCACAGUGCACACGCACGGCCGCGGCCGUCACUGCCAAUGAUGCGUCGCAGUUUUGUGGGCGGGCGUUGGCGCCCAUACUGCUAAUCGAGGAUUCGUUCCUCACUCAUCGCAUCUUAUCGCGAUCGUACUGGAUUACAGUGAUUCAUUCGUCCUAUUCGCUUAAACGUAGCUCACUCGAGAUCCUUAAAUAUACUGAAAUCGAUUGA